AGUGGUUUGUGAAAUAUCGGCUUUUUUAUUAUUGUUGUAAUGGUUCUUUCGUGUUUUAUUUCUGUUGAAAAUGGUUUAAAAAAUAAACAUCUUUGCUAAACAGUACUAUGUGGACUUAGCAGUGACCUAAUUUUAAGCUUUUAAAAUGCCUCCUGUUAAUUCUAAAAGCAAAAAGAAUGGCGCUGAGUACGAGAAUAUUCUUGCAAACAAGUGUACGGUUUUGGACUUUGAAAAGUACAUACAGGAAAACAAAACCUUACUACUGAAUGAUCCACUUCGAGAUAUACUUCUUUAUCCAUCUGAUGAUGUUUCGAGUGUUGUUCUACCUCGGAGAUGGAGAACAGUGACCACUGCCGUGCCGGACGUCAGAACUGCCUCAACAUGUCCCCUGUUGACACGGCAGGCUCUGCUCAGUUAUGCCUCCAGUUGGAAUCUAGUGCAUUUUAAAUAUAGCAGCUACUCUGGCACUUAUCUGAAUUUACCAAGGCCAAUUGAUAGCAAAUUGAUAGAGGAAGUUUACGACAUUGAUACAGAGACAGACACGGAACAUGAUGCUCAAACUAAAGUCGAUAUUGGUACCAAAGAGGGCUACUUACUCAAGGGACCUGAAAUCGGUUCAGACAGGAUAUUCAGUAAUUUGGCAUCGAAGUCGUUCAAGAAACGGUACUGCUCAAUGGUGAAGGAGGCAGACGGUGCUUAUAUACUCGAGGUGUAUAAAGAUGAGAAGAAAACGGACACCAAGCUCACCAUCGUCAUGGACUUCUGCUCCGAUGUUGUUAAGAAUGCCAAGCGCGGUCGGUUCUGCUUCGAACUUCGUAUGGCCGGCAACAAGGGUUACACCUUUGCUGCUGAAAACGAGGAGGAGUUGAACGAUUGGCUCAACGUGUUCAACGCGGCUCUGAAGAAGAACCAGGACCAGGAUAAUCACCAGAAUGACGAGAUUAUUGAUAAAGACGCGGAUAUAUCUCUGACGGCGGAGCCCCCGCCCGCCACGUACGGCACCCUCAAGGGGCUCGAGCACAGCAUGAACCCGCUCCUGAUGCGGUACUCCCGCGAGACCGACAUGUCUAUUGCCGCCGCGCGCGCCGACUGCCGCACCAACAUAUUCACCUUGCCGCUCCGGAGGGAACCCACACCGGAACCGCAGUUGGAACCCUUCAAGGAGCAUUUCGGCCAAAGAUACUUGCUCAAGUGCGACAGCUUGAAGUUUAGGUUACAAGCGCCGAUUGACGGCGACAAGGAGCUGCUAUGCCAAGUGGAACCCUACUACACGAGGCUCGCGCUAUACGACGCGCGGUUGGGGAGGAAGCUGACCGAGGACUUCCACUUCGACCUCAACCAUCCGGCAGUCCGGGAUCUAGUCAAGGAGGUGGAGUGCACCAAGACGCUGGUUGAAAACUUCAGCUACGAUGUCAAGGUCGACGUCAAACAGAUCCCCGAGGAGUGGUUCAGGUCGAAGCGACAGGUGGUGUUAUCAGUGAACAAUCCACACCCGGAUUUAUUUUUAGUAGUGAAAAUAGAUAAAAUACUUCAGGGACAUGUGAGUCAUGUACUGGAGCCCUAUUUGAAGGCAACCAAAGACCCUCGAUUGGGACUGAAAGUGCACAAAACCGUUCAAGCGUAUGCCAACCGAAUUGGCAAUUACAGGAUGCCCUUCGCUUGGGCGGCAAAACCACUGUUUAGAUUAUACAGCAAUGACUUAGACACAGCGCCAGAAUUCUCAGCCAUAUAUAGGCAAGAACCGAACAAAAUGUCCGAUGACGAUCUACUAAAAAUACUGUCAGACUACAGGAAACCAGAGAAACUCGCCAAACUUACUGCAAUACCGGGGUGGCUGAGCAUACAGAUACAGCAGAGCAACGAACAAAUACAAAAUUGUAUGACCCCCUCAUACGCCGCGCUCAAGCCUUUCCCGCUACCACCGAUGGCGCCACUGUCACUAGAACUGGCGAAUCUAUCCGUAGACACAGAACAGCCGCACGCUGCAUUCGUUCAUCAUCUGUACGUACGCCCACUGUCGCUCAACUUCGAGUCGCAGAAGAUGUUCGCUAGAGCGCGCAACAUUGCGUGCACGGUCGAACUAAAAGAGAAUGAUACGGGCGAAGGGAACUCUUUACAGGCGAUAUACGGUCGCUACGGCAUGACGUCCCAAUACCGCUGCUCGGUGCUCCACCACAACGCCAGUCCCAGCUGGAGCGACGAGGUGAAAAUCCGCCUGCCCACCACCAUCACCACUUCCCACCAUCUGCUAUUCACCUUCCACCAUAUAUCCUGCGAUAUCGCUAAGAAGAACGAAAACAGCGUCGAGACUUGUAUUGGUUACGCAUGGGUGCCUUUGUUAAAAAAUGAUAAGCUGAUUGAAGAGUUCGUGAAUUUGCCCAUCGCUACACACUUGCCUUCUGGAUACUUAUCCAUCCAUCCGCUAGGACUUGGCAAAGGGAAUACGGGACCAGAGGUAGUAUGGGUUGAAAGCGAAAAGCAGCUAUUUCGAUGUCAACUUGUGCUGGAGUCUACAGUAGUAACAAGAGACACGCCCCUUCAUAAUUUAUUCGCACAGGUGGAGCGCUUAGUACGCGGCGGCGAGCCGGCGUCGUCGCCCGGGUCCGCGGCAGCGACGUGGCACGACGUGUGCGCCGCGCUCAAGGCCGCGCACGCCACCGCGCUCGCAGACCUCAUUGCGUUCCUGCCCACUAUACUGAACCAGCUGUUUGAUCUCAUGACAAUUGAACGAGGCUAUUCUCAUGACAUGGGCUAUCAAGUGGUAAAGCUGAUUGUUCACUUCGUACAUAUGCUUCAUGAUUAUGGACGCAAAGAUCUCCUCGAUAGUUACGUAAAGUAUGUGUUCAACUGUGUUGAGUUUAAACUUCAUACAAUGCUGACGGCGCCUCUACACAUGUUCGUGGAUCCGAACCAGCAAGACUUUCUGUUGGGGAACAAAUUCAUGCAAUACUCAAGUUUCUUCUUCGACAUCAUCACAAAAAGUAUGGCGCAAUAUUUGAUAAAUACGGGAAGAAUAAAAAUGUCUCGACAUGAGCGCUUUCACACUGAUCUGUUGGACAACAUUGACAAGUUAGUGAGCACUGUCGAACCGUCUUAUAUACUGCAGCAACCUGUCCAAACUCAUGUUUUCAAUAAGAAUCUCGCUCUCUUCUUGAAGUCGUGCCUAUCGUUCAUGGACAGAGGUUUCAUAUUUCGUCAGAUAAAAAAGUAUUUGGAGAAGUUUAAAACGUGCGAUCCGAAAGCUUUGUUCGACUUCAAGUUCACCUUCUUACAAACGAUAUGCGCUCAUGAACACUACGUGCCAUUUAACUUGCCAUUGCAAGCCAAUAAGUUAGCCAAAGAUUGUGAUACAGAUCCAGCAAAGUUAAAACUAACAGAUGAUUUUAUCAUGAGACACUUUCUCGCCGGUAUGCUAUUAAAACAUACAGAACAGUCGUUGCGUGAGGCUCCGCAGAAGCGUCGCGCGGCGCUGGGGGCGCUCCGCUCGCUGCUCGCCAAACACGAGCACGACGACCGCUACCGCUCGCGGCAAGCACGCGCGCGGCUCGCGCAACUGUACGCACCGUGGCUUACUGUGGUACUUGAAAAUGCUCAUAGAUUAGUUACAAAAAAUUUAGCAAGUCCUAUCUUAGAGAAUGGUCAUGAUAAAGUAGAUGGGGAUAUAACGGCAAUCUUACCGCUCAACAACGUGCAAAAGGAAGCUCUAUCCGCCAACAGUACGCCACGUAGGAACAGACUGACGUUACAUUUCGAUCAUACGCCCGUUCGAAACUCGUCGCAUUUCAAAGAACCACCUAACCUAUCUAACCUAGCCAAAGAUAAUGCAAAUAGUAUGUCGCAAAGCUCUCUAGAGUCAGUGUCCACGAUGUCCGGCGGAGACUCGCUACCUCGAAAUGCGAAGAUCGAUAUGAGCGAGAUCGGAGACCAAGUCAAUAGGUUUGGUGUGAUGUCCCCCGAGGAGGUGCGAGACGUGCUUCUGUGUUUCUUAUUCGUUUUGAAGUAUUUGGACGAGGAAAGACUGGUGGAGUGGUGGAAGACUCACUCGCCGGCACAGCAGCAGUCCUUCUUUAAUGUUCUAGAAAUCUGUGCGGAACAAUUUCAAUAUGUGGGUAGAAAGAAAAUUCUGUCCGAAUUGAAAGUGACGACACCGGAUUGUAACGGCAAACCGAAACCGGUGAAGGCUAGAACUCUACCCGCAAGAAUGAGCCCGCCUGAUUUCUCGAAGGAACCACCGAUUAUAGUAGAAAAAAACAACACAGUAAAUAGAGAGAAUCUAGUCAAUACUCAAAUUAAUGAAGAACAAGAAAUCGCAGAGCACAUGGUGAUAUCUGCCGGUUGCUUAGCAACCGAAGUGGGUCUCAUGAUAAUCGACCGCGCGUGCUUGUUUAUGAAACAUCUCGGGCCCGCCGAUGGCGUCGCCGCCAAACCCUACCUCAAGCUAUUACAGUAUCCACAAAGUGAAACGCUGUACAAGCAUCUAUUCGCAGCAUUGCGAGCAUACAUUAAUCAGUUUUCGGAGACACUUUUCCAAGGGAGCGGAUCACUAUGCGGGGGCGUGGUCCGAGCGAUCGUGCGUCUGAUGGCAGCGCGCGCGGGCGGCGUGCGGCGCGAGGCGGCUGCCGCGCUCUACCUGCUCAUGCGGGCGAACUUCUCGCACGGCAACGGCGGAUGUCUUACGCGUGUGCAUUUGCAGGUCAUCAUUGCAGUGUCAAAGCUACUGGAUAGUCCCAAUUCUCUCAACUGCAAACGUUUCCAAGAAUCAUUGUCGUUCAUCAACUGCUUUGCUACCGGUGAUAAAGUUAUGAAAGGAAUGGGUCUAGCGGGUGAAGUUGCAGAGCUGGUGCGGCGCGUACGCACAGCGGUGGGCGCGCGCGCCCGUCUCGCUGGUGCCUCGGCUGAUGGUGCUGGCAGCGUGCAGCUAGCGGAGCUACAGUACGCACUGGCGCGUUCGUGUCGCGGCUCGCCCCGCCUGCGACACGCGUGGCUGCACACGCUAGCUGAGCAUCAUGUGAGACAUGCGGAUCACGACGAGGCUAUGUGCUGUCAACUUCACAUCGCCGCCUUGAUAGCUGAGUACCUGAAGCUUCGUGGUAACCAGAGCUGGGGUGCUGAGGUGUUUGCCGAUAUCUCCAUGAACAUCCCCAAAGACGAAAUCGGCAUGAAAAUCGACGAAGGCAUGACUGACGUGCACUACAAUGAGCAAGCGCUGCUGGAGCAGCUGACCGUGUGCACGGAGUACGCGGACAAGGCCGAGAGGUACGAGCUGCUCGGCCCGCUCUACCGCCUCAUCGUGCCCAUGUACGAGAGGAGGAGGGACUACCAGGCCCUCCUCGCCUGCUACCAGCACCUCACGAAGGCUUACGCUAAGGUCAUCGAAGUCACCAACUCCGGGAAGAGACUCCUCGGCAGAUUCUACCGGGUUGCGUUUUUCGGCAAAGCAUACUUCGGCGAGGACGAGGAGGGGGUGGAGUUCAUCUACAAGGAGCCGAAGCUGACGUCGCUGAGCGAGAUCUCGGAGAAGCUGCACGACUUCUACGAGCAGAAGUUCGGCGCCGGCAACGUCAAGAUGAUCAUGGACUCCGCGCCGGUGAAUCGCGAUGAGCUGGACAGCAAGCUGGCGUACAUCCAGGUGACCUGGGUGCGCGCGGCUCCCGAGGGCGCGGGGGCGGCGCCGCCGGGCUGCGAGGGCUCCUUCGAGCGCGUGCACAACGUGCGCCGCUUCGUGUUCGAGACGCCCUUCACGCGGGACGGCGCCGCGCGCGGGCCCGUGCACCACCAGUGGCUGCGGCUCACGCAUCUUACCGCGGAGAGCUGGUUCCCGUACGUGAAGCGGCGCGUGGCGGUGGUGGACACGCAGGUCCAGGAGCGGAGCCCCAUCGAGGUGGCGCUCGCCGAGAUGGAGGCCCAGGUCGCCGAACUCACGGAGAUCGUGAACGCCAACACGCCGGAUAUCAAGAAACUCCAGCUGAGGCUGCAGGGCAGCGUGUGCGCGCAAGUGAACGCGGGCCCGCUGGCGUACGCGAACGCGUUCCUCGACCCCGACCUCUCGCAGAUGUACCCCGACGACAUGGUCGACAAACUCAAGAACGUAUUCAAAGAGUUCCUCACGAUAUGCCACAGCGCGCUGCAGCUGAACGCGCGGCUGAUCAGCGCGGACCAGCUGACGUACCACGCCUCCAUACUCGAACAGAACUACUACCGCCUCAGCGAUGCGCUGACCGGCGUCCUUGGCCCGCUGUCGGAUAUACUAGUCAAUGGACACCUCAGCGCUACCGUCAGCGGCGUGCAAACGGAUUCGAGCACCGCCUAAUGUGGUAACUAGUCUCAGCGACAUCCAGCGGAUGUUAUCGGGGACUAGGGUAAAUUAACCAAAUCCUAACGAUCAUAAUGCCUCUCGUCACAUAAUAGUAAAUUAAAGCGAGUUAAUAAAAACUUAAUUUUGGCGCCUUAUAAUGCGUCACCGCUGCUGAACUUAUAGUACAUCAUACUAAAUAUUAUAAGGGUACGUAGAGUCGCAUCGGCCCUAUACGUACGAAGCCCGGAGCUUGCGGCCCCCAAUGGUUUGUAAGAAAUCGAUCUAAACUCUGGCUAGGGGCCUCAAAAUGUUUUAAUAGGGAGCGGCUAUUUGAACGCAUUUACGUAUACAGCAUCGCCUAAAAAGUUAAAAAGUAGUAAAUUUUAGAAAACUCGUUGUGAACUUAUAAUCAAUAAUUUAGGAGAUAAAAUGUCACAAAAAUUCUGAUGCCAUUUAAAAAGUGUGAGAAAAGCAAUAAUAUGCAAAUGGCGAAGUUUUCGAUGUUGGCAACAAAAUCUAGUCGCCACAGUGUUGCCAAGUUCCAUUUUGAGCAUUUGUUAAUGUGUUUUGCUCAAUGUACACGAGCUUUAGUUAGUUUGUUGUUGAUGUACAAUUGCACUGCCCGUUCAGUGCCUAUCCUUUUAUAUACUGUCAUUUUACAUACAAAAAACAAAUACGAAGCGCCUUAACACAGCACAUAUGCCUUAGAUAACAAGUAACAGUAUAAUUCAUAGGACAAAUCGAGGUCGACCGACUAAUCGUAGUUUUUGCUCGUGAUAACACUAAUAAUUAUAUCUCAUCGCUAUUGGCGAUCUCGUUGAUGAAUCUACUAUAAUCUAUAUUAUUAGAACUUCCUCAUCAUUGGAGCCAAUUAAAAAGUAUUGGAGCUCAUUACAAUUACUAAUUAAAAUAUUUUUUUCGAUUGGUUUUUGAAACUCUAAUUUUUUUAUACCAGUGAAUCUUUACCGUCUAUGUAAAUACACCAUAGCCUAAAUGGUUGGUACUUGUAACUUUUGUCGGAAUUGUAGGAAAAUUUUUGUUUAUAAUUUUGCUGUCAGGCUAAAGUUCUAGAGAAUCUUCAAAUAACAAUCUCUAUGGGUAUCUAUUGUAAUUUGUAACUAACACUAUUUAUAAACUAUUGUAACAAAUAAUACUCAUCCAACAUUUAUCAUAAUUUUACGCUAUUGUUAGUUUCGAUCUGUUUAUGAUCUUGAUACCAAAAACCGGAGUUAAUAUAAUAUACUUUUAAAAAUAUGAAAUAUAGUGCCGUCAAUUAAAAAUAUAUCCAUCCACAAAAAUAAACAAUUUUAUAUAAGAAUAACCUACAAGUUAUAAAACUAUAAAAGUCCAGAGCACCACUCGUUCUUACUCUGUAUGUUAUAAAAAUGGCUUAAUAUAGGCCAAACCCUUGAGACAACAUGAAUGACUUCAAUAUACAAUUCAAAACGAGACACAUAACAAUAGAAUAUCUAUUGUGUCUCGUUUUCCCACGAACGACGGGUAAAACUAGCGCUAGCAGGCCUUAGUAGUAUAUCAGUCUUAAAUCAUGCAGUUCAAAUGUGGCAUCUAAUGCCUCCUGAAUGACAUGUAGCGGCACUUUGCUAGUAUAAUAUUAUGUUGAAAUAUUUUAAAAAUAGAUAAAGUAUAUCAUAUUUAUAAAAAUAUUUCAAUUGCAUACGCCAGUUAUCGAAUAGCAAAAUAUAGCUGCGUAUAGUACUUACGUACAUAGAUAAUUAGCUUGAGAUAUUAAUGAGACGCAGAUUGAAACUUUUUUUAAUUGUUGAUGUAUUCAGAUCAAAAUGUAUGCUUGAUAAAAAACCUCAUCAGUUUUUAAUUGCAACUUUUGCGUCAUAGAAUGAAAAUUUUUCGUUAAAGAUUUUGGGUUGUUGAAAGUCUGUUAGGCGCUUUGCAGACUACGGGGCGGGCCGGGCCGGUCAAUU